CACAGUUCGAUUCGAAAUCAAGCCAGGUUCGGCAAGACAAGGCUGCACCCAGCCUGGCAGCAGUUCAGGAGUCCGUUUCCUAGCCUAAGUCUAAGAUCAUUCAAAGAUCUUGAUCUUGUUCGAAUCGCGAAGGGCUAGGGAUCAUCCGAGAUUUUUUGUCCUGCUAUCCAGGUCAUGAAUUGGCGAUAAUUAUCAUGAUUGUAGGUUACGACUUCCGCUGUGUUCACUGUUCGUAGCUGGUCGUCGUCGAAGCUGCGCUAUCGCGCUAGUGAUUGGACUAUUUGAAGUGUCCAGGUAAAACUAAAAUUAUUGUCAAUAUUGAAGGCAGCAAACACUGUGACUGCACAUGUUCCUAGCUAACGUUAGCAGCAAGAGUCUAAAUGAAAAGAAGUUUUAUGCAACCGAACCAGGCAACUGUAGGCGUUCUUCACUCAGUGUGAAAUGCUAUCGUAUCGUGUUGGUCGCCGGUGCGAAGUCUGCACGUGCAGCUAGCGAGUAACGGCCUGUGUUAGCGCUCUGAAUUUAUUGCGGUUGCUGUGGAGCUGCUGCACAGUGACGAUUGAUCACUGGCUGGUAGGGAUCUAGAGAGUGAACGCACAUCACACGUGGCAGGCAGGCAGAUCUGAAUUCUACUUUAUUCCCCAGUCGGCAUCCAUGAUCACACAGUGCCUGCAGCACAUAACAUUGCUAGGCGAUGUGAUAGGAGAGAGUUCGCCAACGCUCCUCCAAUCUGUCACGAUCUGCUAGCUGAGACUGCGGCAUAAUUUCACAUCACUGGAUCUCGGACGCGGAUAUCUCUUGCAAAUAGCACAAGCACUAUCGCCGUGUGCUGAGUCUGUAGAGUGUGUGAAGCUAUCGUUUCGCUAUGAACAGGUACCGCACGUUCGCAGCAAUGCCCGCCGCGGAGGGCAAUGGCGGUGCCGACAGUUACGGUAGGCAUGGCAACGUGGACGCAGACCCGAACGCCGCUGGCAAGGACCAGCAGCGGCUGCAGCGACGGCGUCUGCACCGCAUCGUCACAUCACCGCCCGUGGUGGCCAUUUUAUCGUCGUUGGCAACGGCCGCAGUGUGCAUGACAUACAUGCGAUGGCUAGGCUCUCCGUCAACGGGAAAACGGGUCUGCUCUCUCGCUGGAGUAAACUCGUCACGCCCGGUGCUAUUUGUCGGUGGCUGUCCUCGUUCGGGCACAACCCUGAUGCGUGUAAUGCUGGAUUCUCACCCUGAUGUAUUCUGCGGUGAAGAGACGCGAGUUAUCCCGGAGAUGCUCUCACUGGUACGUAAAUGGCGUAAGGAUCGUGAGCAGCAGCGGCAGCUGGCUGGCGGUGUUACCCAGGACAUCGUCGACGACAACGCACGGGACUUCAUCUGGCGGGUGUUACGUCGCCAUGGUGACAAGACGCCGACGCAGCGUCUGAUGUGCGCCAAGGAUCCAAUGACGAUGCGCCACGCCGUGUAUGUGUCUCAGCUACUACCCAACAGUAAAUUUAUAUUUAUGAUCCGCGAUGGACGGGCAGUGGCCGCCUCCAUUGUCAAGCGGAAAAUACGCAUCACCCGCGUGAACGGAUCAUCCCACGUCGACACGCUCCGCUUUUGGCAGACGAUGAUGUCGUCCAUGAUGGACCAGUGCUCUCAGCUGGGGCCCAGCAGGUGUUUGAAGGUUCGCUAUGAAGAUUUGGUGCAGUCGCCGCUGACCACCACACAUACUAUCAUGGACUUCUUGCAGUUGCCAUGGUCAUCAAACUUACUCCGCCACCAAGAGCUGGUGGCCGCGGGCAAUGUUCUAAUAUCAAAACUGGAACCAUCCAGCGAUCAAGUUGCCGAGGCUCUGCACACGCGAGCACUGCAGCGAUGGAGAGACGGGUUUCCAGCGGAGGUGCUGCGCAACGCCGCACAGCUGGCGCCCAUGCUCAAGGAGCUGGGAUACGCUGACGAUCUGCUUCAGCCUGGCGGCGGCGUUGGCGGGGGAAACCUGUGAGCAAAUCGAUGGCGCCAUCGCUGGAAGCAGUGUGUAGCCUAUCCAUGAUGGUGGUCAUCACUAGCAGUGGACCGCAGGCCUGCCGGAACCCGUCCGGUUCGUCUGGCCAUGGCCAGCCCAACCUUUUUUUGGCCAUCAACGUAUGUUUACUGCCGAAGAGGUGAUUUGUAUACCCUGCAUAUCAUGCACAUGUAGGAGUACAGUGAAUCUGGCGGUCUAAGACGACCGCUCAAGGGACCGUUCACAAGUGACUGGAAAUAGCAUCCCUCGGUCCUAGUUUCAGUGGUCUUCUACGACAGGUGGUCUUCUAAGACAGGUGGUCUUCUACGACAGGUGGUCUUCUACGACAGGUGGUCUUCUAAGACAGGUGGUCGCCUUGACAGGUUUUACUGUAAGAAAGACUAGGAUAUGGAGGACCAAUCAAAAACUGCUUCCGCCCGUCCUGUGUGGCCUAUCCAUGAUGAAGGUGAUCAAAAGAUUAUAAAUGGGUCGCCAGAACCCGUGGCUGAUGACUAAAGUUAAUCCGUGAUUGGUAAACUACCUUCUCAUGAGCAGAUGAGCAGCGGCUGUCUCUCUGAGCUGCUCACGUCGGCCGCUUCACGCCCAUGCUGAAGAAUAAGUCAGCUCGCAAGCAAGCAGUCACUGUGUUCUCACCAGAUAGACACGGCAGAAUAAUGACGAUAAGGGAUUGUGAUUGAACAUCCCGUAUCACUCACUAUUCAUUUUGGUCUUCUCUCUCUCUCCCGAGUCGUGUUUGUGCGGCGACGACUGCAAGACCAGUGCCCCGCCUUGGUGUCCCCUCAACCUUGAACCUUCCGAGUUGGAAGACUGUUGGUUAGCGCCUCAGAGAUAUGCUGGAGCUAGAUGUAGGUGUCAGGGCGUCGAAUGUCUCAGCACUGUGUCAGGUUUGUGCUUAGUUGCUGCGCUUUCUGACUAUAUAAUACUCGAAGUAAUUUUAUUCCUGUAGCUAUGCAGAAGACGCUACUUCAGUAACGUCUGGCGCUAGCCAGGGUCCACACAGCUUUAAUUUGGUAUUUGUUUGUUUGUGUCACGCCUGGCGCUAUCCCGUAUCUGUCCCGUACCGUAUCGUACCAUCAAACACAGCUGGCCACAAUAUUUGCUGGCUCCCAUAUCUGUCCCGUACCGUACCGUACCAUCAAAGACAGCUGGCCACAAUAUUCAAAUAGGGCUUUCAAAUGCAAGAUCAUAACGUGAA